GAACACUAUAAGUUGUUAUGAAAUAAAAAGCAACACUAACAACGAAGAAGCAUUGGCACUGGCUGUGUGAAUAUCCUUGUAGGUUGCCUGUUGCCUAUAUAAACAAGUGACUUUAUAUUGUGACACCUCUGGCCAAACAAACGUCUUGCAGUUUCAGCCUGCGGGGAGAGGCCCCCAGAAUGGCUGCAAGAGGUUUCAGUUUCAAGAGAGUUUCUCGCUGGUUCCCUCGUUCCUCCGCUUCAGGUGGUUUGCAGGAAGAAGACGAGGACAGCGGCGAGAGGAGCGGCUUGCUGAGGAGCCACCUAGAUCGUCAGAUCGUGCCGGUCACCGAUCCCGGUGACACAACCAAAGCGCUAGCCCUGCAUGUGGAGCCAAAGACCGUGGCGCUGAAGGUGUCCAUGCACUGCCAUGGCUGCGCGAGGAAGGUCGAGAAGCAGGUCUCCAAGCUGCAAGGAGUUGUGUCCUUAAAGGUGGAGCUGGAGAGCAAGAAGGUGACCGUCGUGGGAGACGUUAGCCCCACGGAUGUCCUGGAGAGCAUAUGCAAGGGAAAUACUGUGAGGGGAAAACCUUUGAUCUCAGCAGAGGAGCUACUGGAAUUGGAGUUCUUUUCCUUUUCGCUGUCUUUUGGUUACAAUGUCUGAAAAGCCGAGAGAGAAGAACAAUCCAGAGCAAGAUCAUCACUGCGAUUGGAGAAUCUGCUGUCAUUAACACGAGAAGCACACAAGAUCAGCCUGAGAACAUCGGUCUUUUUUUUUUUCAAAUCGAUCGUAUGGCUUGUCCCUGUGAAACUGGCCCAUACAAGAUAAAAUAAAGGGACCAUA